GGGCGGAGUUCCUGGUGCCAACGAGUCUUGUUAGCUGCGGGCAAACACCAGGGACAUGGCGGCGCCCGGCCCUGCGCUCUGCCUCUUCGACGUGGAUGGGACCCUGACGGCCCCGCGGCAGAAAAUUACCAAAGAAAUGGAUGGCUUUCUACAAAAGUUGAGGCAGAAGAUCAAAAUCGGAGUGGUAGGCGGGUCGGACUUUGAGAAAGUGCAGGAGCAACUGGGAAACGAUGUGGUUGAAAAAUACGAUUACGUGUUUCCAGAAAAUGGCUUGGUAGCAUACAAAGAUGGGAAAUUCUUGUGUAAGCAGAAUAUUCAAGGUCACCUGGGUGAGGCCCUAAUCCAAGAUUUAAUCAACUACUGUCUGAGCUACAUUUCGAAAAUCAAACUCCCAAAGAAGAGGGGUACUUUCAUUGAAUUCCGAAAUGGGAUGUUAAACGUGUCCCCUAUUGGAAGAAGCUGCAGCCAAGAAGAACGCAUUGAGUUCUACGAACUUGAUAAAGAGGCCAAAUCAGCAUUGAUGUCUUUCCUGAUGGAUGGGACAAAAGGUAUUGCCUGCGACAUGUGGAAAAUGACGGUUAUAAGACUAUUUAUUUCUUUGGAGACAAAACCAUGCCAGGUGGCAACGACCAUGAGAUCUUCACAGACCCGAGAACUGUGGGCUACACCGUGGUGGCACCCGAGGACACACGCAGGAUCUGUGAAGAGCUCUUCUCCUGACAUGACAAGGGAGGGGUCCUGGCCAUCGAGCCCGAGCCGAGCUCCCUCCCUCCCUCUGUCCCUCCCUCCCAUGCCACUCGCCACCAGCGCCCAGGCCGGCUCUUCCCACUGUGCCAAUCAAGGCCCUUCUGGACCUCUGUAGCCUCGCUCAGCAGGGAACUGGCCCUCCACUCCAACACGGUACCUCCAUCUCCACUGCCAGCAGCAGCCAGAAGGGAGAAGAAAGGACUUGUCAAGAAUGGCUUGAAGGAAUACCUCCAACAAAAGGUUUUAUACCCCACCCCAUGCCCAGGCUGAGACCAACCCAGUGUGUGCAGUCACAUGGUUUGGGGACUUGCCCAUCAGUCUAGAGUGAUGCAGAAAGAUCACAUGUGCCUGGACCCUCCCUCUUCACAGGUCUUGUGAAAGAGUUACAGGGAUUAAUGCUGGGACCCGGCGUAAAAAAUUAAAAAGGGGGAUUUGGUGAUGAGACCUCCUCACUGACCCAGGACAGAAGUUUAAGAACACUUCCUGAAAUGAGGCUCCCUCCCAAGCAAUGGAGGCUUUGCUGUGAGCCUGCAACUGGAGGCCUGGAGGGGAUCUUUGUUUUCCAAGCCCACUUCUGGGACAGGCGGCUGGCCAAGGGACAGCAGACCCUAAGGAGUUUGCACCUCAGCUGGCCCUUCUUGGGUCAGCUGUGAGUUCACUACGUUUUGAAUGGCCUGGCUGCUUUCUGGAAAUAUUGAGAUGGGAGGAAGUAAGAGCCAACAACCCUAGUAGAGAAUUGGCCCUGGAAAAGCAGUCCUUCCCCAGCAUCCCAGCUCUGAUCCCAGGGACAGGGAAACUAACUUCGCCCAAAGGACCUUCUCCUUGUUGGCCCUGGGUGGGCUCCCAGGGGCGUUUUACACCACUAGUUUCUCAGGGAUCAGGUGGGAGCCAGGGUAGGGACAGGAACAGGAGCUGCACUUUACGGUUAGCCUGUCCACCAGGCCCUCAUCCAGACUUUGACUUGAGGGGGUGGGAGCAGCCGCAGUUGGGCCCAUGUCCCUCACUCCUCCCUCCCACAAUCCGCAUGAAAUUGGAAGGAAGCUCACAGGACUCCUCCAGAACAUGGUGGAAAAGAGCUUUCUAAGAAAACAGUUCACAUGUCAUUUUUCAGUGUGUGGAAAUGCUGGGACCCAUCAACCUUCUGCUGGUGCUGCUAACCUGAACCUGGGGCCAGGUGUUCUCUCACCACCCACCUCCCAGCACAGCCAGGGCUCAUCACUGAUGAGCCUGGUUCUCUCCAAACCUCCCGGCCACUUGGGCUUGUGUCAGCUGCAGAUCAGGUUACGUGACAGCAGGAAGAAAGGCCGGGCCUGUGGACCCUGCCCCUUACCCACCCACUUUCCCGCACAUGAGAGAUUGGCGUUCCUGGGACACGAGUGAGUCCCAGGACACAGCCAGCCAGCGGCAUCUCUCCUUGUUGAAUUUUGCAAAUGAUACUGUAAUGACCUUUCCAAAUGAAAAGUUGCACAUUAAAGUGAUUUUAUUCUUUCUUA